UCAUCGAACAUCAAACGUAGAAGGUGUAGUUUUAGUGUAAAUUUUCCAUUAAUUUCGAAAGUUAGUUGCUGUGUGUGGCUAUGUAUAUUUAAGUUAAGCCCGGAGAAGGAUGUCUGGAUAAAACAUCUGUUGUUAUGUUCUAGCAUUGUGGUAACCCGCUCAAAACUGACGCAUAAUCGGGUUAGCGACCCACGCAACAGCGACUGUCCAAUUUCGGACAUAUAUGCCGAACCGCGGAUGGUUACUGCUGGCGUGUGUUUAAAUUUCAGAAGUUUGUCAGUGAAUUUGUGUUCAACAGAGUAUAUUUUUAAAGUGCUUACGAACUACAAGUGGGAGAACAAGCCCAUUUGCAGAACGUACCUAAUUUUCACGGUACUACCCUAGGAAGUUUUAGCCAACCAAUUACAAAAAAAACACGGAAUAGAAACGGUGGGUGUGCCAUCGUGUGGAUGGGAUGCGUUCUAACUAUAAAAAAUAUAAGCAUAAAAGUCUACGUUAAUUUUACAUUGACAGAUAGAGUAUCAGCUUCACACGUUGGUGACUAAUUCGUGUGAUCAAAAUAAUGGCCGUUCGUUAAGUUCGCUCAGUGACUCAUACAUAUAUGUAUAGUGCGCGUUUUCAGCACCCCGUUACUUUAGUUAUUAAAUUCAACAUCAACGUCAAAUUAUCCAUCGCCCCUCGAUAAAACCUCCCAUCAUCAAACCAUAGAAAUGUUGCAACAUCGACCUACUAUACGCUAUUCCGUACUACUGUUAGUGGCUCUGAAGUUCGAAUUACUUUUCGUUGGUUAUGCUGUUGGUGACUUGGCGGCCUACCAGCAAAACACCUGUCCGGGCAAGACAACCUGCAGUCAGUGCAUCCAAACGACCAACUGUCGAUGGUGCAAGCUUCCCAACUUCACGCAACCACGAUGCCAUGGCCAGAUCGGGAACUACUGCCCGGAGGAGUUCACCGUCGAUCCAAGCAACUCGUUCAAGCUGAUCCAGGGACGACAAUUAACCAAAGCUUCUAGUCGACUGGAUGAUGUCGGUUACAGUGACCGUGAACCAUACUACUCUGAAAGUCAUCACGUGUCGUCGUCGUCGUCUUCUUAUUCCUACCAUCAGUCGUCUCAAAGCUCGUCAUACCAGGAAGAUUUAUCUGCCGGAAGUAUCGUACAAAUAUCACCACAACGUGUUGGCCUAAAACUGCGGUUAAAUGAAGUAUAUCGACUUAGCGUGAACUACGCCCAGGCGGAGGACUAUCCGGUCGAUCUUUACUAUCUCAUGGAUCUGUCAAAGUCGAUGGAAGAUGACAAAGCUAUCUUGUCAACGUUAGGUGCCGAUCUUGCAUCCGAGAUGCGUAAAAUCACCAGUAACUUCAAACUCGGUUUCGGCUCCUUUGUCGAUAAGGUGCUUAUGCCGUACGUUUCGACUGUGCCUAAGAACUUGCUGGAACCAUGCUCCGGUUGUGUUGCUCCCUAUGGAUACCAUAAUCUAAUGCAACUGAGCACUGAUGCCAAUCGUUUCACUCAAGAGGUACGCGGGGCACAUGUUUCAGGUAAUCUAGACGCACCUGAAGGCGGGUUUGACGCAAUCAUGCAGGCUAUAGUGUGUCGGGAGCAGAUUGGUUGGCGCGAGAAAGCCCGUCGACUACUACUUUUUUCAACUGACGCCGGUUUUCACUAUGCGGGCGAUGGCAAGCUGGGAGGUGUUAUUACCCCGAACGACGGCGAGUGCCACUUGGACAAGGACGGCCGCUACACGCACUCAACUGUGCAGGAUUAUCCGAGCAUCUCGCAGAUAAAUGUGAAAGUGAAGCAGAACGCAAUCAACGUUAUUUUCGCCGUAACUGCAGAAGAGCUGUCGGUAUAUGAGAAAUUGUCCCGCUUGGUAGAGGGUUCUUCGGCUGCCAAGCUGUCCAAUGACUCGUCCAACAUCGUAUCGCUGGUACGCGAGCAAUAUAAUAAAAUUUCUUCCUCCGUCGAGAUGAAAGACAAUCGGACGGAUAACGUGAUUGACGUGAAGUAUUAUUCUCGCUGUCGUAACGCUGGUGGACAGCUAGUGGCGACUAAUCGCUGUGAAGGUCUUAAGGUGGGUGACAUGGUGACGUUCGAGGCGCAGAUUACACUGAUGCAGUGUCCAAACGAUCCUCGUGAUUGGCACCAAGUGUUGCAGAUCUACCCUGUUGGUAUCAACGAAAGUCUAACAAUCGAUAUAGAGAUGCUAUGCAGCUGCUCGUGUGAACAUCCUUCCGAUUCGGAAUACCGAACGCAAGCAGACGAGUGUAGUAACGCCGGUACGUACAAGUGUGGUAUCUGUGAGUGCGAUGGCCAGAACCACGGGCAACGAUGCGAGUGUUCGGCACUCGAUAGUGCCCUAGAGCCGGGUAUGGUAGAUGCGUGCCGCAUGUCCAACUCAUCUGACGAGUGCAGCAAUCGCGGACAAUGCGUGUGCGGUGUGUGUGUUUGUGAGAGGCGCCCGAACCCGGACGAAGUGAUCGAAGGCCGUUAUUGUGAAUGCGACAAUUUCUCCUGCGAUCGUCCAGGAGGCCUGUUGUGCUCGGGACCAGACCAUGGACGAUGCGUAUGCGGACAGUGUGAGUGCCGAGACGGAUGGACCGGGCCAGCCUGUGACUGUCGUGCAAGUAAUGACACUUGUAUGCCUCCCGAUGGUGGUGAGCUUUGCUCUGGGCACGGAACUUGCGAAUGCGGUAUUUGCCGAUGCAUGGUGACAGACGAGGGCCGUUACACCGGACGCUACUGUGAAAAAUGUCCAACCUGCUCUGGCCGAUGCAACGAGUUCAAGCACUGUGUUCAGUGCCAGCAGUAUAAGACGGGGCCACUCGCUGAACCAGAGGACUGUGCCACUAACUGCACGCUGUUUGUUCCUAUCCCGGUCGAGAAGGUUAUAAUAGACGAGAAACGCAAUGACAACAAAUGUACGUUCUACGACGAGGACGACUGUCGGUUCGAGUUCGCAUACAACGACAGUGACCAGGAUAAGGUGACGGUUAUGGCACAAGAAAAUCGUGAGUGCCCGCCCAAGGUAUUCAUGCUUGGCAUCGCGUUGGCGGUUAUUGCAGCAGUUGUGCUAAUUGGUAUGGCAGUGCUGUUGCUUUGGAAAGUGCUCACUUCCAUUCACGAUCGUCGCGAAUUUGCCCGGUUCGAAAAGGAACGCAUGAUGGCUAAAUGGGACACGGGCGAGAAUCCUAUUUACAAACAGGCAACAACAACAUUCAAAAACCCAACUUAUGCUGGCAAGUGAGGAUAUGACAAACGUAAGAGCUACUAUGAAACGCAUCAACGGAGUAGAUUAUACAAUCAAUCGACAACUAAUAAACAAUAACCAGCAGUGCCAUCUCCCCGAGUGCCUUCCGUUUUUUCAAGCAUGAAAAAACAAUGUUUUAUUUUGACAUUAUUGUUUGCGAUGGAAAGCUAGAUGUAGAGCAAAUACGAAGUAUUUUAAUUAAUUAAUGAACAAAGAAAGUAAACUUUUUUUAAACAAGGUCUUAUAGAUGUCAGGAAAGUGCAUAUGAUGUGUAGAUGUGCUCACUGUGGGUUCUUCUAUGUUUGGAAUUGAUUGUGUGUUGGUAAUCAAAACUAUUAAAGAAGGCAACAAAUCGAAUAGCAAAGAUAUUGACUCAAUUCUCUUCCAGCGUUUGCUAGCUGUGCUCCUGUUAGUAAGCUUAGUUGUGUAGCGUAUCAUGGUGGCGUAGUAAACUUUUUGCGUAUAUUUUGUAGGCUGCAUGCUCGUGUUAAUUUGUUUUAACCAGUCAAAAAAUAAUAUGCACCAAAAAUUAUGAGCGCAAUUUGUCUUGCUAAUUCCUCCUUGAACAUACUAGCCCUAAAUGGUUGAGCGGCUACAUGGAGGCCUGAUUUGUUUGUUGAACACUUAGAAAUGAGAUGUGCCAAAACAAGGAAGAGAACAAGGUAUUAGUGGCAAAAGCACAUGUAUCAUGAGAAUUAAAACAAGUUUAUCUUUUUGCUUAUUUUAACUACGAAGACAUGUGAGUCGAAAACUAACUUCAUUAAGUCUAAGAUGAGCAAUGAAUGAUUCUCACAAAUUUUCUAGCUUGUAAUGCGUAAUUUAUUAUCUUCAGAAAUUUUUUGUGUUAUUUUAACUAAUCUGAAUAAAAAUAUGCAAUAAAUACUUACGUGAUU